AUGUCGACUAAGCUCACGCUGCAGUCAACAUACCCUCUCUUGGGCGAUGCGGGUGCCGAGAUGCCCGUACUUGGCUUUGGUGUCUACAAGAGUCCUCAGGACGUGACCGAACGCUCCGUCACUACCGCGCUCAAGACGGGCUACCGUCAUAUCGACUCGGCGCAGUACUACGAGAACGAAGCGCAAGUGGGAAACGCAGUUCGUGCGUGGUGUCUCGAGACGCACACUUCUCGACGAGACGUGUUUGUCACCACCAAGAUCAUCUUUCCCGCCAAGACCAAGGAAGAGACGCUCGAGUCUUUGCGAGAAUCCGUCCAGAAGGUCAACCUUGACGGCUACGUUGACUGCUUCCUGAUCCACACGCCCACCUCGGGACCGGAAGGACGCAAGCACCUGUGGGAAGCCCUCAAGGAGCUUCACUCUGAAGGCAAAGUGGUCACGAUCGGUGUCAGCAACUUUGGUGUUAAGCACCUGCAAGAACUCAUCGAUCGCAACGAGACGCCGGCGGUGAACCAGAUCGAGAUCCACCCGUGGUGUCAGCAGCGACCGAUCGUGGAGCUGUGCAAGAAGCACAAGAUCGUGGUGCAGGCGUACUGCCCGAUCGUUCGAGGCGAACACGCGGAUGAUGCGGAUGUGCUCAAGAUCGCCGAGAAGCACAAGGUGGAUUGGUCGCAGGUGCUUCUGCGUUGGUCGUUGCAGAAGGGGUACGUGCCGCUACCCAAGUCGGAUACGCCCUCGCGCAUCGCGUCCAAUGCCGAUCUGUAUGGAUUUGAACUCGAUGACGAGGACAUGAAGACGUUGGAUGCAAAGGAUCAGGGCGCCAAGGGCGCCGUUGCCCCCAACCCGGUCGACUGCGAGUAA